AUGAACUGCACAGCUCCAGUCAACAACAACUUAGAGAAAAAGCUGCAACGUCUGCUGAUUCAGCUCGGCAUCACGGACCACCUCAUGAUCCACCACAUGGAGACCCGUGAAGAGUACGCAAAGCGUAUCGAGCGGCUCUCUGCUGGGAGAAGGAGCAAGACCAAGCAGAAUCAGCAUUUUCAACUGCUGGUUGAGGCCGUCAGCGAUGGAAAGCAAGGCCUGAAGCUGGAACAUCGCGCCAAGCACGUCAUCUCUGGGGCUCAGCUUGGGCCAAUGGGCAAUCAUGCCCCAAUGCUCUUUUCUGCCAACUGGGUGCUUGGAGUUUCGAAGGAUCCGUGGGCAUCUGAGCCCGCAGGAAGUCAUGGGCACAAUGCAAUUCAACGCUUGCAGCCGUGCAUGUUUGAGGACGUCGCCAAGAUCCAGCGCGCCUCUAAACAAGGUCGUGAUCUUGCGCGCAAGGUAGUCACUAAAGGUACUGCGCACUAUGUCUCAGCUAGUGGGGAAGCGGUCUUCUACUUGGGCUAUUGGUGCGACAGGCGUGACGAAACGGAUGCAACGAUGCAUUGGUGGGGUUCAAAGGACCUGACGCAGUUCUCGUGCGCAGGCAAUCAACAUCUUGCGACGCACACCGUUCUUUCUUUCUUGCACUGGGCCAGCAUGUUUACCGACAAGUGGGUCCAGCGCUUCAUUCUUUCCAAGCGUUACCUCGUCUGCGACGUCACCAGAGGCCUCUGGAAGAACUCUGAGCGCGUGCACAAGGUCGUCACCCGCCUGUGCGACAAGGCGCGCUUCUUUCUUUCGCCGAUGUACAACAUGAUCGUCUUGGUGCACGGCGACACCGCAACAAAGGCGACGGCGCAGCGAGCAGGUCUUGCUUGCUCACUUGGCACGAUGAAGACAGACGGGCGCUACUGGCUCUUCAACCUCGGUUGCGCCUUCCUGCUUUACUUUCCGGAGUAUGACAUCUGGGCGGAGGUCCUUUGGUGCGACACGCUCUUCAUUGCCGGCCACCUCGAAUGGAGAACGUACGCGCACCCAGACGCCGCAGAAAAAGCAGGCGAGCGUGUCUUCAUGCUUGGCCUACAGCAUCCUCGGCAUGAAGAGGAGGCAGCGGCGACCGAGGAGUUCGAGAAGCGGCACCGAGGGAUCAGUAGUGCGCUUCUUGAGGAGGCAAAGCUUGCGUGCGACGUAAAGGAGUACGAGGGAGGCUCCCGAUCAAAGCACGAUGUUGCGCGUGCUGCGUACGGACCGUGGCCGACGUUGAAGGAGGAGAUCUUGCGCGCGGGACGCUUCCUCACGGAAGAAGAGGCAGCGGCAGAGUUAGCUGCUGACAAGUCGCCUGCAGCACAGGAUCAGCCCACCGAUCCUAAUGCAAUGGACACAACUGGCAUUGGAUCAUCGUCAGCAAGAGCAGCAGCGGACAAUUUCGAGACUUCGAACGUCCGUGGCAGCUCGCCAUGCGCUCUCGCCGGCCCCAGCACGCCAGCAAAGCGCAAGUCGUCGCCUGUGCGCCAAUCUCUCGGCGCCCUCAGCCUCGACGCUAGCGACGACGACAAAGACGAGGCAGAGAUUGUUGCCCGACUAGUCGCCGAACGACGUCGUGCGCGCGCUGCACAGCCCGAGGGAGCGAGUCCUCUUGACGCCGCGGAUAUCCCGUCUUCCGCGUCUGUUGGAGGACGCAAGCGCACGCGAUCUCAGACGCAAGGCGCUGCGCAACCUCCGUCGCCUUCUGCUCGCAAGAGCAAAGGCGAUGCAUCAUCAUUGCAGGCUGGAAAGGCAAAGGGUAAGGCUACAGGCGGCGGCGGGGAUGCAGGGAAGAAGACGAAGGAAGCGGCGAAGAAGAAGAAGAAGAGGAAGCUGUGA